UUAUUCGCAGGUAACACGGCAUGGUGCAAAGAGAGCAUUUGCGGAUAUUCACACGGUGAGAACAAGAGGAAAUUACACUUGUCAAACCCACCUUAUAUCACCAUGGCCACGGCAAAUGGUACAUGUUCUAAAGCUUCUGUCAUUGUUUUAGGAGGCUGUGGCUUCAUUGGACGCAAUUUAGUGUGUCAUCUGAUUGAAAAUGACUUGGUGUCCCAUGUACGAGUUGUUGAUAAAGUUCCGCCUCAAACUGCCUGGCUUAAUUCUCUACACAAGAAGAUAUUUGAUGAUGAAAGAGUUGAAUUCCGCAGCGCUAAUCUCAUUAUCCCAGCUUCAUGUGAAGCUGCAUUUGCUGCAGAUGGAAUCAGCUGGGAUUAUGUGAUUAAUUGCGCAUGUGAGACGAAAACUGGACAAACAGAUCCUGUUUAUCAAGAGGGAAUAGUUAAGCUAUCUCUAAAUUGUGCCAUGGAGGCUGCUAAACAUAACGUCAAAAUGUUUGUGGAACUCUCCUCAGGCCACAUGGCAUCAACUGAAAAGGCUCCGCACAAUGAAGAUGAUACUGCAGACCCUUGGAUAGCUGUGGCUCGUUACAAGUUACAAGUGGAGAAAGAGCUAAAAGAGAUUCCCAGUCUCAACUUUUGCGUGUUACGACCUGCAAUUGUGUAUGGGAUUGGAGAUAGGCAUGGACUUGCACCACGUCUCAUAGUUGGGGCUGUGUACAAGCAUCUCAAUGAGGUGAUGAAACUGCUGUGGACAGCUGAUUUACAUUUGAAUACUGUCCAUGUGAGAGAUGUAUGUCGUGCCAUCUGGCUUGUCGCCACAAGAGAUGACACUAAGGGUAAAAUAUUCAAUGUAGUUGAUGAAGGUGAUACAACCCAAGGUCUCAUUAGUACCUUGAUUUCUGAUAUUUUUGGAAUUAGUCAUGACUAUUAUGGGUAUGCUUUAUCCAUGAUAUGCAAGGCUGACAUGAGCAGUGUUGUGGAGGAAGGAAAUGAUAAACACAUGGGCCCGUGGGCAGAAGCUUGUUGUUCAAGUGGCGUUGAGAACACCCCACUAACACCAUUCAUGGAUCAAGAGCUCCUGUACAACAAAAAUUUAUUCAUGGAUGGGUCUCGAUUGAAAUCUCUGGGAUUUUCAUGUGAGAUUCCUGUCUUGACUACUCAGAGUUUGCUGGAGAUUGUUCAUGAUUAUGCAGACAUGAUGUUAUUCCCUCGGUUUCUAAUCAAUGCAUGAAUAUGUGAAGGAGGAAUCUGUCUGAUGGUCUGGUUCCAUGUACAGUAGUUUGUUCCACUUCCUAUUGUAUCCUUCUGUGCAUGAAUAGUUGUUGAUCUUGUUCUUAUAAGCAAGAAAAAUAGAGACAGUCUUGGGGACUGUCUAAAAAGUGAUCCCAUAUUUUGGUCACUGCAUAGUUAGCUAGCAUCCAAGUACCUUCCUGUUUAGAGUGGUAAUUUGGGUUGAAAGUGUUGUACCUUUACAUGUUCAAGUGUGCAUUUAGGUGCAUUCCUUAAAAAUUUCUAAUUUUUUGUGUGAUAACUCAAGUUUGCCCUAUUGUUCAAUUACCCUGUAGUUACCAAAUGAUGUUAUUAAUGUAAAUCAUUGCAUCAUUUGCAAGUUUAUGAUUGCUUGAAUUGGUUAUGUUAUAAUUUUCAAUUCAAUGUUGUUAUUUAUGUCUAAAAUGUUUGGCUUGUCUGUCUCCUCAGAUUUUUUAAUAUGUUUCAGACAAUUUGGUGUUAUGAAUUCAAUGUUUUCUGGGGCACAAGUUGCUGAUUUAUCUAAUAUUGUCACGUUUACGAAAGACUUUGUUACCGGUAAAGUGGGUUGGUCUGUUAGGGGCAUUGUGAUACCCAUUGUACUUACAACUUACUCCUCUCUCUACUCAGUAGGUUUUCCUUGGUUACAUGCUAUGUACAUACUUGAGGUGUAAUUUGUGCUAAAAUCCUGUAACAUUUGCAAAACUUAUUGUGUGUGAAUUUGGUUUGAUAUUUCUACAGGAACAAUAUUUUUGCCUUGUGAAGUCUUGUGUGAUUGUUUUUAUUUUUUGUGUGUUUUGGUGUUUGGGCCCAAUGUACUCCCCUUUUUGAGACUGACCUUGCUUGUGGUAUGUUCAAGCUCUAAAUUGUAGAAAUUUGGUUUACCUUAGUUUGGUUGAGUGUCUUCCUACUUCCUUAUAAGUUCUUCUACAUAUUAGUUGUAGAAUCAUUUGUAUUGGUUAUUGCCAAAAAUAAUCUUUUAAAUUUAAAGAACUUGUGAUCAAGUGGCACCUCACUCUGGUAAUCUGCACAUUGUUUUGUCCUUUCAAGUUAAGUGUUACCCCUUUCUUUGAGGGCCCCUUGUAGUACUUGUUUGUGAGCUACUGUACUUAUAGAAAUCUUCCUUAAGAAAGGGAGCGCCAAGAAAGUUGUUUUUACAUUUCUCAAUACUGAUGGGUACUGUACUCACUUGAA